GGCGGGGUUAGAUUGCAGGGCAGGGACUCUGCAGACGCCGCCAUGGCUAGCAGGGCUCUUGGGCCUGCGCGCUCCCUGCUCGCUGCCCUUCUGGCUCCGGCGCUGGUGUCACUACUGGUGUCGCCGGCCCGGGGUCGCGGGGGCCUGGACCACGGGGACUGGGACGUGGAAAGGCGACUACCUCCGCUGCCACCCCGCGAUGACGCGCCGCGCGUGGCCCGCUUCGUGACGCACGUCUCGGACUGGGGCGCGGUGGCCACUAUCUCCACGCUGGAGGCGGUGCGCGGCAGGUCCUUCGCGGACGUCAUCUCAUUUAGUGACGGUCCCCCGGGCGCAGGCAGCGGCGUGCCCUACAUGUACCUGAGCCCCUUGCAGCAGCUAGUGAGCGACUUGCGGGAAAAUCCACAGGCUACACUGACACUGUCUUUGGCACAGACUGUCUUCUGUAGGAAACAUGGAUUUGAUCCCCAGAGUCCCUUGUGUGUUCAUAUAAUGCUGUCGGGAACUGUGACCAAGGUGAAUGAGAAAGAAGCGGACUAUGCAAAGAAUUCCUUAUUCCUUCGACACCCUGAGAUGAAAACUUGGCCUUCCAGCCAUAAUUGGUUCUUUGCUAAGUUAAAUAUAACCAAUAUCUGGGUCUUGGACUACUUUGGUGGACCGAAAGUAGUGACACCUGAAGAAUAUUUUAAUGUCACAUUGCAGUGAACCAGAACAUGGUGAACCCACCACACCAGCGAAGAAGAGUCUUAGAUGGCUCGUGCAUGCUUAAAGGGCUUGGCGUUGUCUGCAACUUCUCUGCCUGUCCGCCGACUCUGCUGCCCACUGGUUGAUUUUGUCUGCUUGCCUGUCUAUAGAAUGUUUUUGGCCUUAGACUGGAUCUCUUGGGAGAUGUGGUUGCUGGAUUUAAAACAUGUAUUUUGAAGCCAUUUUCAUAGGGAAAUGCCAUUCGUUAUAAUCAAGGAUGUUUUCUUUCAUCUGUUCCCAGCAGUUUUUCCUCAAGGGUGCCCAUAGAUGGGCAGCAUAGACCAGGUGUAGAUUGUCCGUUGACACUGCAGGUACAGAGGUUCAGGGGUUUAUUCCUGACAGCCACUGUGCCUGGAGGGUGCCCCCCUCACCCAGCUGUCUCUGGAGCCUGUGAAGAGGGGCCUGUGCAGAGGGUGUGCCCUGAUGCAGAGUGCCUGUGUGAACCCUUCAGACAUGGAAGGGAUGAGCUACUUGUAUGGCUGAUUCAGUACAGGACAAAAACAUAUUCUGUAAGACUCUCUAAAUGUCUUACAUUUGAAAGUCAUAGUUAUCCACAACCAAAGAAGUAAAAAUAUUUCCUGCUUUCAUUUCCCACCAGAUAUUCACUCUUUAUCACAUACACACAUGGCCCGGGGGUGGGGUGCAGCUUGCCUCAUAGAGUGUUUGCCCAGCAUGCAUGAGGCCCUGGGUCUCAUCCCCGGAGUGAAACAAAUGACAAAAACCCAAAACAAUUUUCUUAUUUGCAUGAAAAGAGGAUUGCAGAAAGAAAGGAAAGGAAUUUUGUCUAUGUGGGAUUCUUUUUUACAAAAAAAAAAAGACUUAUAAGAAUUAACUCAGGCACUAACCAUAGCCCAAGCCUUCUUCAGAUGUUCUGUAUCCUGAAGCUCCUGGUGCUGCCACCUGAGCCAUUCAUCUGUGGGAGAUAUCAUGGUGACAUGGCACAAACAAUAUUUCUGGGCUAGAGGGCUGGCUCAGCAUCUAAGACCAUAGACUGCCCCAGUCAAGGAACCAGCGCCAGAUUCAGGCAGACAGCUGCCCACAACUGCAGCUCUAGGGAAGCAAAGCCCCAGCCUCUGAGGGCACCUGCCCUCACAGGUUUGUACCACAGAUAGACCCUCACGCACACACAAUUAAAAAUCAUACAUCUAAAACCGGUUCUUUAAAGGAGGUGCUAGUUAGCUCCAUCACCUAUAAUUGUGAUCUUGGAUGACAUAAGAUUCCUUUUAAUAAGGUGUGGGGUUUCAAGUCGCUGUCCCUUUCAGAAGCAAGAAGUUACAUAGAAGCCAUCAUGUUGGGAAAAAACUUUAAAAAUCCAGCAAACGACUUCUCAAGAAAAAUUGUUAAACAGCCAGGAUUUUGUCAUUCAAACCAUUAACAAUUAAAAAGGUUGUUUUCAUAA